AUGCCGCUGCAGAAACAUGGAGUUGUGACCAAGAUGAAUGCUGUGGAAGCUCCAUCUACACAUGGUCAUGGUCGACCCAUUUUCAGCUUCAGUUUCGGGUCAAGAAAGAACCUCCCUUCAAAAUGGGAUAAUGCUGAGAAAUGGCUCAUUAAUGGCCAUGAAUCCCCUGCUCGUGGUUUAAUAAAGUCUGCAGCUUUUGCUCCAAAACAACAGGGUGAAAAAGUAGGGGCGUUUUCUGAUGAUGAGAAACGGGUCACAAGAGCAACUUGUAUUUUUCAAGGUCCAAAAACUGUAUCUUUGGGCCACCACCAUUGCAGCUCUGAUAUGCUUCUCAAAGAUAAGUUUGCAGACGAGGUAGAACCCAUGGAGGUGCUUCUGGAGGCCAAAAAAACGGAGACAGAUAUGACUCUAGCUGGCAGCUCCACCAUCUCACGGUGCUCUACACCGUUGAAAAGCCGGUCUCCGCCACGACAUAACACCCCUACAACUAUAGGCCCGUUGGGGUUGACGAAUCAGAGCAGUUCCUUGGACAUUGGCCACUUACAGGAGUGGCAUUUAGCGAAACUUCAGCCAAGGACGACACUAUUUGACAUCAUUACUUCCAAAUGGAGCUCGAGGGAGGAAGAAGAAGAAGAAGACAUACCGAAGAGGCUGGGAUAUUUUGAGAUGAAGGAUGAAAGUCUAGAAAAUAUUCCAGGGCCUAGACCUAGUGCUUGGGAAGAAAAAGAGAAGUCUGAAUACUGCAUAAGGUAUCAAAUGGAGGAAGCAAAGAUUCAAGCUUGGGUAAACCUCGAAAAAGCGAAAGCAGAAGCUGAAUCAAGAAAGCUGGAGGUAAAGAUUGAGAAGAUGAGAUCGAAACAUGAGGAGAAGUUGAUGAAAAAGAUGAUAGUCGUUGAUAGAAAAGCAGAGGAGUUAAGGGCUGCAGCUGAGCUUGAGCACUCUGAGCAGGUUCGAAAGAUGUCCAACAGCUUGAAUCUUAACCAGAGUGCGCAUUUUUCCAGCCACCGUGGUUCAUGUGUUUGCUUCAUCCGUAAUUGA